ACUCCCCAGCCUCCAUGUAUUUAAACCCAUGCAUUAGCCGUGAGAGAAACCGAAUUGAACUGAAAGAGAGUGAGCCUAGUGAGUGAGCACAAACAUGUCUGCCUCUGUCAUGGCGUCUUUGGUUCUGCUGAAACCAUCUCCCUCUCCACUGUUAGGACGAGCGAAGCUCCGGGGUGUGCGACCAUCGGCGAGGCCAUCGCUGCUCAUAGUAGCCAGCAAGAAGGCGAAGAAGGUCCAGACUGCCCAACCCUACGGGCCUGGUGGUGGAGUGGUGUUCAAGGAAGGCGUCGAUGCGUCCGGAAGGGCGGCCAAGGUCAGUCUAUGGACCUGGGUGUACUUUUUGUUACUUCUGAUGUUAUCAUUUGUACUAUCAUUGAUAGUUGAUGAAAUUUUCACUGUUGUGCAUCGCUUAAUAAUUCUCCAAUUUUACCAGGGGAAGGGUGUUUACCAGUUUGCCGACAAGUAUGGAGCAAACGUUGAUGGGUACAGCCCGAUAUAUACACCAGAAGAAUGGUCUCCAAGUGGUGACGUUUAUGUUGGAGGAAAGACAGGGCUGUUUCUCUGGGCAGUCACUCUUUCUGGAAUUCUGUUGGGUGGUGCUCUUCUUGUCUACAAUACUAGUGCCUUGGCUUCUUGAAGCCUGUGCGGCAUACCAAAAUAUGCACCAGCGAUGUGUAUUGUACGGGUUACAACCGUAACGACAUAUGUAACUGAAUGUAAAUACCAGUACCCGCAGUCAAUAAUACCGACAAUUAAUUACUAA